GUGUGCUUUGCUUUAUAAUAAGUUCUUAAAAUGUAUUGAAAUUUGUUGAUUCCAUGGUGGGAGAAAUUUAUAUUUACACAAGUGGAACGAUUAAAGUGAUCAUAGUGCUUUUCGGAUGUGCCAAUGAUAUGAGAGGAUGAAAUGGACGUGGUGGGAGUUUGGUUUUGUGGCACUGACCUAAUUAACAACUGUACACCUCAUAUAACCACACAAUCCAGACCGCCAUUCCUCCUUUUUUUUUUUUUUCUUUUCUUUUCUUUCUCAUUAAAUUUAGAUUUAACUUAACUUCAAAAACUAAUGCAGAUCAUUGUCAUCAUUUAUAUACACUAUUUUGAUUAUAUCACUAUUCAACUCCAACACAUCCUCUUGAGUGUGAGAUUUAUAGGAUUAGACAUUUUUCAUGAUCUGCUAACGGCUUGAUAAUGGGUGAUCCGAUAGGUCCAACAUAAAUACUAUAAGAUAGGAUAUGAUACCAUAUAUUGUUUUUAUUAUAUUUAUUUUUUCAUAUGAACCAUAGCAACACUUGAAGUUGUCAAUCAAUGGCAAUGGCGCCUUCAACUUCCAAUAGUGGGUCUGGAAAGAAGGUUAGAAAGCCUUAUACUAUUACCAAGUCAAGGGAGAGCUGGUCCGAGGAAGAACACGACAAGUUUCUCGAAGCUCUUCAACUAUUUGACAGAGAUUGGAAGAAAAUUGAAGAUUUUGUUGGUUCAAAAACAGUUAUUCAGAUCAGAAGUCAUGCCCAGAAGUACUUCUUGAAAGUUCAAAAGAACGGGGCAGUAGCACACGUGCCUCCUCCUCGGCCUAAGCGUAAAGCUUCUCAUCCUUAUCCACAAAAGGCAUCCAAAAAUGUUUUGUUGCCAUUGCCAGCUUCCAUGGCUUAUGUUUCUUCCACUAGUACCCUUCCACCUGGGUAUGUCACAUGGGAUGAAAAUUCCUUGCUCAUGAAUUCUGGAUCCAACAAAUCAGUGCCUUGUAAUGAUGAGCUCGCCUAUCUUCUUGGAAAUGAAGCUGAUAUUGGAUCAAAGGGGAUAACACGAAUUGGUCACAGCAGUCCUAGUGGUGUUGGGAACUCUACUAGAAAUCUGCCUGCUACUGAGAUGGCAAAACAAGGGAAACAGGCUCAGGUGAUUCAUGGUUUGCCAGAUUUUGCUGAAGUUUACAGCUUCAUUGGAAGUGUUUUUGAUCCAGACACAAAAGGUCAUGUCCAGAAGCUGAAGGAAAUGGAUCCUAUAAAUUUUGAAACUGUUUUGUUGUUAAUGAAAAACCUCACUGUCAAUUUGUCUAGUCCUGACUUUGAGCCAGUUGUAAGUUUCAAAAGGAAGGCCAUGUCAUCAUACGAUGUCAAUACAAAUACAGUAGGAGUUACCGCAGGAAUCGACGUCAAGAAGCAGACAAAUGAUCUAUCAUGUCAAACAGCUUGACAACCAUUAAUUGAACUUAUUAUCAAAUUUGGAUGGAAGACUGAGGUUUUGCACAACCAGCAGCAUUAGCACGCAAUGCAUUCACUCGUUGUGAAGCUUUGUAAAUGCAACCAAAGCAUCAGCCUAUGUAACCUCAACCAGGAUACCAAAGCCAAAAAGAUAUUCAUCAGGUAAAUUCUAAGGUGCACAAGGUUUUGUAGUAUUGCAGUGAUUAUAGUACGUGUUAAUAGGAUGUGGUUUUCAAGUAGACACAUGGGCCUAAUAGUAAGAUAAGUUUGAUGAUUCAGGUGUAUUAAAUGGUGGUGGUGGUGGAGAUGGUGAGUGGGGGAAGGGUGGGGGGCUAGUGAUAGUAGCUUAUAAUAUCAAUGUGGUCUAACUUUCAAUGUAUAUGAUAAAGAGCAUCAUAACAGGAAGUGGUCCCAAUUUCUAAUUCUAUUUACUUUUUUAAGCAUCAAUAAUUGGAAUGCAAGUGUGAAGUUAACAAGAAAGCAGUUCAAUAUAUGGCCCCUAUGUUUUACAUCAAAAAUCAAUUUCCUACAGGAUACAGAUACUUCAAUAUAAAAUAUGAAAUUAGACACGUUCAGUUAUAUUUAACGAUUUAAAAUUAAAUUUACUAAAGAGACAUAAUAGGCGUGUUUUAGUCUUUUAGAUAAAGGUUGUAGGUCCAAUUAUUUGACAUGAGAAUGAAGUACCUGUUAAACUAUGCAGUAGAACGUAGAACGUAGAACGGUAAGCUUUUCGGGUUAGUACGAAUUUUAUUGUGCAAAAACCAGCAAGUUUGAAAUUUAACAAACCGUUUAUUGCAUGACAAUAAUACAUGAGGGAAGAGAUGAAAAGUAAAUGACUGCGUAACCGUUAUUUUGUCUACUUUCAUCAGUUUUUUCUUACUAGAAAGAAUUUGACUAACAAGUUUUUUUGUACUACUAAAAAGAAUUUCUUGCAGUAGACAGAAUACCACUGAAGAACCGUAAAGAGAGAUUUGUAAAAAAAGAAGAAAAGAAGAACCAUAAAGAGAGAAUCCUCCUUAGACAGAUCUUGACUUAAGCAGUUAAGCAUUACCUAUAACAAAUUAACAAUAAAAUGCUUGCUUCGCACAUCACUUGGGAAACCAUCAUCCGAAGAUGGCAAAAUGCAAGUACAGUAAUGCACGGACGAAAAAAAAAAAGUACAAUUAUGCAGAAUUAUAAUAAGAUGGUGAUAAGCGUGGAACUAUGAAGGGAUGUGUGUGCCUAACAUCAUUCUUAGAACAGCCACCAUCAAUUAAUUUGUCAUAGAGGUUAUUUAACUAAUUCCUCUACUCAUCAAGAUAUAGAAAUUGAGUUGUAGACAUAAGAAGAAUCUUGUCAAUAUAAGUAAUAUAGACAAAUCCAAUUAGCACUAUCUA